UGUUUCGUGACGACAUUUGAGGUCGACGUUUGCUUUUGACUACGACGAGAAAUCAUGUCGUUCUCAUGAAGUUUUGUAUUUGUACUGUGUGCAGGACACUUCAGGACUUUGGAAAAUGGUCGAUAACGUUAAAUUCAUUUUCUUCGUUUAACGACUACUGUAAUGGAUUCAUGAGAAAUAUUUAACUUCAAGAACACAUAGUCAAAUUUAUAUCGUCGCAAUAGAUAUGAGCAGAAAGUUUGGCCGCUUUUUUGAUCCACGGGACUCGAAGAGACCAGAAAGAAUUUCGCUCGCUUAUGGCGAAUGCACCGAAGUCCCUCAUCGUUUUGUUGAAAAAUACGGCGACUCGGCGACCGAACUUGACCUGAGUUAUAACAAGUUCUUCGACAUGAAGUCACUAAGUGGCUUUAUCAAACUAAACACGAUCAUUUUAGACCACAAUUUGCUAUCAGCAAGGACAACCUUUCCUGCUUUGGACACAGUAGAGAUUUUAUGGGUCAACCAUAAUCAAAUCACAAAUCUUAGUAUUUUUAUCGAAACUAUCUCCAAGAGCUAUCCAAAUUUGAGAUACCUAAGCAUGAUCAACAACAAGGCAUCGCCAAGUUAUUUUAAUGGUGGAACUUACAGUUUAUACAAAGACUACAGGCAUUUUGUUAUCAGUUCCUUUGAGAAACUUGAAGUUUUGGAUGGGAUAGCAGUGACUGCCCAGGAACGUCGAGAAGCUAUGAAAGUCUACGGAAAGCGGAGACAAAUGAGAAAAAAAGGGCAAAUACAUAGCAACAGAACAUUAUGAACAUCGUAUGGGGAGAAAUAUAUUGCAUUUUUAAACAGAAAAGAUUCAUCUAUAUAUAAUUAAAGGAUGAUAGCAGUAGCAAGUAAAAUGACUUCAUUUAAACAGAAAGGAUUCAUCUAUAUAUAAAUAAAGGAUGAUAGCAGCAGCAAGUAAAA